UGUAAGUGCGUGCACAAGCCAGCUGGCUCACUCUGCAGAGUACCAAUAUUCACUUCGGUAACAUGUCCGACUACGCUCAGACUGAACAGGGGUCUGAACCCAGACCUACAGAUAAUGACACAGAGGUACCACAUGAGGAACUCCAUGCCAAAAGGGUUGGCUGGGGCCCCCAAGACAUGGGGCCUCGAGAGCGGAGAGAUCUAAGUCCGCGGGAUCUUCGCGAUCUUGGGCCCAGGGAGUAUGAACCCCGCGAAGUAGGGCCGCCCGAAGAACGCAGAGAUCUGGACCCUAGGGAAGCCAGAGAUCUUAGUCCCAGGGGACCGCGGGAUCUAGGCCCGCCUGGCGACUACGAGCCUCGCAAUCUCGGGCCCAGGGAGUACGAGGAAGAAGAAGACGAGUAUUACCGCAGAUCGAGAAGGCCCGAUGACGGGUCGUGGGGACCUUCUGACCAGAAUGGCCCAGAGGGAGGCGAGACCAUGCACCAGCACACUCACCACUCUGAGGAUGGGCCCGCUGGUAUGGACCCUGAGGGACUCAUCGAGACCAACUGGGACGAGGUAGUUGAUAAUUUUGAUGACAUGGGUCUUCGUGAGGACCUACUAAGAGGCAUCUAUGCCUAUGGCUUUGAGAAGCCCUCUGCUAUCCAGCAGCGAGCCAUUUUGCCUUGCUGCCAAGGCCGUGACGUGAUUGCGCAGGCCCAGUCCGGUACGGGAAAGACGGCCACGUUCGCUGUUGCCAUCCUCCAACAGCUGGCCAUGAAGGCAGGAAAUGCCGGGAGAAACUGCCAAGCCCUGGUGCUGGCACCCACUCGUGAGCUGGCACAACAGAUCCAGAAGGUAGUGCUGGCCCUUGGCGACUACAUGAACGCCCGCUGCCACGCCUGUAUCGGAGGCACCAAUGUGCGCUCGGACAUCGCAGCCCUGGAGGAGGGCGUCCACAUCGUGGUGGGCACGCCCGGCCGCGUGAACGACAUGAUUGGCAGGAGAGCUCUCAACACCUCGGAUGUGAAGCUGUUUGUGCUUGACGAGGCUGAUGAGAUGCUGUCUCGUGGUUUCAAGGACCAGAUCUACGACAUCUUCAAAUUUCUGCCAUCUGACAUUCAGGUGAUCCUUCUGUCUGCCACCAUGCCCAGCGACGUGCUGGAGGUCACGACCAAGUUCAUGCGCAACCCCAUCCGCAUCCUGGUCAAGAAGGAGGAACUGACCCUGGAGGGUAUCAAGCAGUUUUACAUCAAUGUGGAACGUGAGGAAUGGAAGCUGGACACCCUGUGUGACUUGUACGAGACCCUCACCAUCACCCAAGCUGUCAUCUUCUGCAACACGCGGCGGAAAGUGGACUGGCUGACUGAGAAGAUGUCUGGCCGGGACUUCACGGUCUCCGCCAUGCACGGCGACAUGGACCAGCGCGAGCGCGACCUGAUCAUGCGAGAGUUCCGCUCGGGAUCCAGCCGUGUCCUCAUCACUACUGACCUGCUGGCCCGUGGUAUCGACGUGCAGCAGGUUUCCCUUGUCAUCAACUAUGACUUGCCAACAAACAGAGAAAACUAUAUUCACAGGAUUGGACGAGGUGGUCGUUUUGGUCGCAAGGGAGUGGCCAUCAACUUUAUGACAAUGGAGGAUUGUCGUUGUCUGAAGGACAUUGAGCAGUACUACAAUACCCAGGUUGAGGAGAUGCCCAUGAACGUGGCUGAUCUGAUCUAAUCGGAUAGCGUUGACCGCCGUGCUUUCCAGCUCGCCAUUAUUUCCCUCUCGUUUUCCCGUCUCCGCUCACAGGGAUUGGUCGGAGGUUGUGUCUGAUAUUGAAUAUUGCAUUGACGGUAGCCCAGGAAAGCAUUUGGAGGCGUCUCGCUAUUAAUAUUGCGCCAUCGAUUCCUCUUGAUGAUAAAUAUUUAAAAGUUGAAGAGGUCUUGCUGCGCCGUGUACAUUGCCGUACACCCAGCAAGGCUCUGAACAUAUUGUACAAGAGUCCGUGUAAACUUGGACAGCUGUAUUGUACUAGCUCCGUAGGUAGUUGAUCACAUUAUAGUUAUAUCUAUCAUUGCUGUCUUGUCGAGUUAUUAUUUUUGGGUAGUGGCAAUCGUACAGUGUAUGUACGUAUUCUAGAGAGGAUUAAAGACUACCUGUAACGUUUGUGUCGCCUUGGAAAGAAGAUGGCGUUACCUGUAGAAAUGGGAGGGGUUUCAGCACUGUACUGUGCGGAUUGCCACAGGCUUCGAGUAUGUAGUGAAAAAGCCAGGUAUUGUAAGGCGUAUUUUGAUUCUGAAUGUAACAUGAUCAGUGUUUACAUGUCACUUUGUAUAAUUCUGAACCAUAGAUUCAGUAAAAAUUCUUUAGUCUUCAA